AUGUCAGAACCAGCUGCAGAACACUCAGGACAACAGAUGCUUUGCCUACAAUCAAUAUGGCGUUUCUCGCGUCAUGAAGACCAAGUUUCCCAAACUGUGAUGUCUUUUGACUGUGUCUCCAGGGAAUGUGAUGUUAUGCCACAUCGCAUCUUUGAACAGGGUCUCAGGCUCAAUUCGGAUGGCUAUCUAGAGUUACUGAACACGGUGUUCAAGCCUUGCUUGGAGAAGGUGUCUGCUGGCAGACCAUAUCAAUCCCUUUUUUAUACAAGUAGCAUUCAGUCAAUCUUUCUUUUUUUCUUUCUUUCUUUUUUCUUUCAGUCAGUCAGACUUUUUUUCUUUCAGUCAGUCUUUUUUUCAGUCACUCAGUCAGUCAGUCAGUCUUUCUUUAUUUCUUUCUUUCUUUCUUUUCCGUUUUUUUCUUUAUUUCAUUCUAUUCAUAUCCUUCCAGUUUUUCUUUCCUUCCUUCCAUACAUAUUCUUCCAGUUAGUCAAUCUCUUUUUCGGUUUCCCUUUAUUUCAUUCUAUUCAUAUCCUUCCAGUUUUUCUUGCCUUCCUUCCAUACAUAUUCUUCCAGUUAGUCAAUCUCUUUUUCGGUCAGUCAGUCUUUCUUUCUUUCUUUCUUUCUUUCUUUCUUUCUUUCUUUCUUUCUUUCUUUUCAGGUUUCCCUUUAUUUCAUUCUAUUCAUAUCCUUCCAGUUUUUCUUUCCUUCCUUCCAUACAUAUUCUUCCAGUUAGUCAAUCUCUUUUUCGGUCAGUCAGUCAGUCUUUCUUUCUUUCUUUCUUUCUUUCUUUUCAGGUUUCCCUUUAUUUCAUUCUAUUCAUAUCAUUCCAGACUUUCUGUCUUUCCCUCCAUACAUAUUCUUCUUUUCUUUCUUUCUUCCUUUCUUUCUUUCUUUCUUUCUUUCUUUCUUUCUUUCUUUUUUUCUUUCUUUCUUUCUUCUCCUCCUGUGGCUUCCUUUAUCUCUGCAAUAUUUCUUUUCAGGUUUUCCUUUAUUUCAUUCUAUUCAUAUCACCUCAGACUUUCUGUCUUUCCCUCCAUAAAUAUUCUUCCAGUGAGUGAGACAGUCUUUCUUUCAGUCAGUCAGUCAGUCAGUCUUUGUUUGUUUGUUUGUUUGUUUCUUUCUUUAUUUCUUUCUUUCUUUCUUUUCCGUUUUUUUCUUUAUUUCAUUCUAUUCGUAUCCUUCCAGUUUUUCUUUCCUUCCUUCCAUACAUAUCCUUCCAGUGAAUCAAUCGUUUUUUCGGUCAGUCAGUCAGUCAGUCAGUCAGUCUUUCUUUCUUUCUUUCUUUCUUUCUUUCUUUCUUUCUAUUCAUAUCGUUCCAGACUUUCUGUCUUUCCUUCCAUACAUAUUCUUCCAGUGAGUGAGACAGUCUUUCUUUCUUUCUUUUCCGAGUUUUCUUUAUUUCAUUCUAUUUAUAUCCUUCAGUCUUUCUUUCUUUCCCUCCAUAAUAUUCUUCCUGUGAGUCAGUCUUUCUUUCAGUCAGUCUUUCUUUCUAUUUUUUUCUUCUUUUCUUCAAGAGUUUCAUUCUUAGUUCUUUCCUUCUUAGUUUUCAUUAGUUCUUCGUAUUCUUUAUUUUUUCAUUCAUUCGUUAACUUUUUUCAUUCGCAUUUUUGUUCAUUGUUUAUUUUCAUUCGUCGAAUUUUGUUCUUUUCCGAGUUAUUUUUCGCCGUCUUUCUUCCUUUAUUAUCUUUCUCUUAUUCGUUUUUCUCUUUUGUUUUCUUCAUUUUUCAUUCUCAUUCGUUCUAUACGUCUAUUUGUUCUCCGGAAUUUUUUCAUUCUUCAUCCUCUUUUGCACUUGUUCUCGUUUUCCUUCUUUUAUUUUUCUUCUUUCUUCUUUUUUUUCUUCUUCUUGGUAUCGCCUUCUUACUUUCCUUCAGUCUUCUCUACUUUUUUUAUUUUCUUUUUUUUUUGCUGAUUGUUUCGUUCUUUCUUCUACCCUUCUUUCUUCUUAACACUUUUCUUCUUUCUUUCCUUUACAUUUUCUUCUUUCGUCCUGGUUUCUUUCUUAUCGUCUUUUUUCCUUCUUUCUUCUUAACUUUUAUCUCAUUUUCUUUUUUCUUCUGCCAUCUUCGACUUUCGACUUCUUUCUCAUUUUCGUUUUCUUCAUGUUUCUUUCCUUUUCCUUCUGUCGUUUUUCUUCUCGUAUUUUUUCUUCUUUCCUUGUUUCUCAUUUUCUUUUUUGUUCUUGCUUCUUUCCUUUUUAUUCUUCUCUCAUCUUUCUUCUCACUUUCAUUCUUCUUAAAUUCAUUUUACCUUUCGUCUGUCAUAUUUUCUUCUUUCUUCUUGAUUUCUUUCUUCUCGUUUUCUUAUCUUCUUUUUUCUUUCAAAUUUUCUUCUCUCUUCUUUCAUCACUUUUAUCACCUUCUUUGUUUUCUUUUUCUUAUUUCAUUCUUUUUAUUUUUCUUCUUCUUUCCUUUUUUCUUUCUUUUUGCAUAUUUCUUUUCCCCUUCUUUUUCCUUAACUUUUCUUCUUUUAUAUUUUUUGUUCUUCUUUCAUGUUGCAUUCUUACUUUCCUUCUUUCUCAUUUCUUUCUUUCUUUCUUUCUUUCUUUCUUUCUUUCUUUCUUCUCCCAUCCUUUCUUAUCGACUUCUUUCUUUCCUUCUUUCUUCUUUUCUUUUAAUUUUUGGUUGUUUCUUUAUUUCUUCUCGCUUUUUCUUUUCUCAAUAA